AUGGAUGAACGUGAAACGAGUAACACAACAUCACAGCUUAUAACUCACUUAGCACGCAGAGCUGUCACAUCAUCUGGUCAGAAUACUUAUGUUGGAGCCGGAGCUACACGAAGAUUUUCGAUGCUUCCAUCAGCAGGUCCACCUAUAUCAGUUUUCACGGUAGUUCCGAAUCGGUAUAUAUCGGUUAUUCGUAUAGGCACACAUCCUGCUGAUAAUUCGUCUGUACACCAAGCAAAACGAUCUUUAUCAAAUAAUUAUGCGUGCGAUCUUCAAUUAAUACGGAAAUUUCCUCGCAGUAUUGAUAAAUCGAAAGGCUUGAGACACUUCAGUACCAAAGUUUGUGAGAAAAUGAAAAUGAAGGAAAAAGGACAUACGAAUUGUAAUGAAGCACGCGUUAUUAUUUUUUCUUUUUAUUUAACUUCGAUUGGUUUGAACGCAUUUUUUAAGAGAUGCCUUCCUGCUGAUUUAUCUAUCUGCUUCUGUAACUAUUGUAAGAAAGUUCUCUCUAUAUUCUAA